CGGGCGGCGGGUGGCCGGCGGCUGGUGUCCGGUUGCGUUCCCCGCGGUGCUCGGGGCUCGGAGUCGGGAAUUGGGUCUGGGGAAGUGGGGCGCGGAGUCGGAAGCGGUCGUACAGCCCGCCCUGCCUCAGUUUCCCCUUCUCGAGGCGGUGAAUGCAAAUCCAGCGGCCGGUCCGGGGAGACCAAGCCGACCCCGGCCGAAGGAGCGUCCCUCCCAUUCCUGGAAGGCGUUUCCAGUGUCCCCGCCUGGACCUCGUUACCCCGUGUGAGCCAAGCCACCCCUUGGGGACCCAUGUGCAUCAUCUUCUUUAAGUUCGAUCCUCGCCCCGUUUCCAAAAAUGCGUACAGGCUCAUCCUGGCCGCCAACAGGGACGAGUUCUACCACCGACCUUCCAGGGCUGCAGACUUCUGGGGGAACAACAACGAGGUCCUCAGCGGGCUGGACAUGGAGGAAGGCAAGGAAGGCGGCACGUGGCUGGGCAUUAACACGCGGGGAAAGCUGGCGGCACUUACCAACUACCUGCAGCCACGGCUGGACCGGGAUGCCCGGGGCCGAGGUGAACUCGUGGCUCAGUUUCUGACCUCAGACGUGGAUAGCUUGUCCUACCUGAAGAAGGUCUCCACAGAGGGCCACCUGUACAACGGCUUCAACCUCAUAGCGGCCGACCUAAGCACAGAGAAGGGAGAUGUCAUUUGCUACUAUGGAAACCGGGGGGAGCGUGAGCCUGUUGCCCUGGCGCCAGGGACCUACGGGCUAAGCAACGCGCUGCUGGAGACGCCCUGGAGGAAGCUGUGCUUUGGAAAGCGGCUCUUCCUGGAGGCCGUGGAGCGAGCCCAGGCGCUCCCCAAGGCCGCCCUGGCCGCACAGCUUCUGGACGUGCUCAACAACGAAGAGGCGCAGCUGCCGGACCCGGCCAUCGAGGACCAGGGCAGGGAGUACGUGCAGCCCAUACUUAGCAAGUACGCGGCUGUGUGUGUGCGCUGCCCAGACUACGGCACCAGAACCAACACAGUCAUCCUUGUGGAUGCAGAUGGGCACGUGACCUUCACAGAGCGGAGCAUGCUGGGCACGGACCCCUCUUGCUGGGAGACCAGCACCCACGAGUUCAGGCUGCAGAGCUAACCCCCACCCGGGUAUGGCCAGGGCUCCCGGGAGGCCCUGUCACAGGUACUGCCUGUGACUCGGCCAGCGUCCCCCAGGGCCAGAGCCCUCUGAUGUGUGUGAACUCUUUGCAUCCCCAUGUCAAGCUCGGGGUCCAGCCUUGUGCCAGUGGAAAUGACAGAGGCCCAUGGCCAGGUGUGCGGCAGGCCCAGGUGUGCCGUGCCUCCCCCGGCCCAUGCACAGAAGCUCACACAAGGCACACGUGACACCCAUCACGCAUGCACGCACACGUUACAGGCAAUAGACGUGUUCACAUGUGCUCAGACACGCACACGCUUCAGGCAUGCCCCCCCCCCAUGCGAGCCAGACACGCAGAGCUGUGCCUCUCAACACCCACACGUGCUUCUGGCCAGUGAGUCUUGCUGUGAUCCUGACAAGAGUGGAUGUCUGUUUCAAAGCGGCCCCUCCUCUCCUGGGCGUAGCCAGUUCCUGACCACCAGCCCUGCUCUUGGAGAGGACACGGGCCACAUUUGAAUGAGGAAAACCUGCAUAGCGGAGGCACAGGCCGCUGGGUGGGUCCGGUGGUUCUGUGGGUGCCGAGGGGUCCUGUGCGUGGAGCUAUCCUGUGAGGGGGCAUCCAUGUGCAACGGGCCGCCUCGGCAGGCUCUCAGGCCUCCACCUGUGCAGGGGGGUCAUGGGUUCCGGGCAGACCCAUCUCAGGGAGGGGACACAGCUGCCCCUGCCAUUUCCGUUCUCCUAGGGAGUUAAACUUCAUAAUAAGACUCUGUACUUGAAUGUGAGAUGCUGAUAAUAAAACUCUGAGGCUGUGGUGAG